AUGAUGUGGAGGCAGACGACGAUGCUGAUGAUGAUGCUGAUGCUGAUGCUGGGGCUCUGCUGCUCAGGUGUGGGUGGAGCCUCUGAGCUUGCCUUCCUCAAAGAGCCCAGUGAUGUCAUUGCAGUGAGGGACCGCCCCCUGAUGCUGGACUGUCAGGUAGAGGGGGAGGGACCCAUCUCCAUCACCUGGAGACGGAACGGAGUUCCCGUGGAGACCGGCAUCAGGGCGACGGUGCUCGGUAACGGAACGCUGCUCAUCAGAAACUUCUCCAAGAGAAGAGAAAGUAACGAGACGGACGCAGGAGAGUACGACUGCGCCGCGCAGAACCACUACGGCAUGCUGAUCAGCCGCAAGGCCCGAGUCCUGCUCGCAUCGCUGCCUAAGUUCCUGUCUCACCCAGAGUCUGUUGUCGUGGAUGAAGGGGGUGUGGCCAGACUCACCUGUCAGGUAAAUGGAAUCCCAGAGGCAAACAUCACCUGGCAGAGAGACCGACGCCCACUGAGUGCAGAGGACCCCAGGUACACUCUGCUUCCUAACGGCGUCCUGCAGAUCACCAGCGUUCGGCGAACAGACAGCGGUUUGUUUCGCUGUGUCGCCUCAAAUAUCGCCAACACUCGAUACAGCCACGAGGCCCAGCUGUCUGUCACCGUUGCAGGAUCCAGGAUCUACCAGGAGCCCGUCAUCCUGUCUGGACCUCAGAACCUCACCAUCAAUGUCCACCAGACCGCCAUCUUGGAGUGCAUUGCCACAGGAAACCCCCGCCCAAUCGUGUCCUGGAGUCGCCUUGAUGGACGGUCCAUCGGGGUGGAGGGGAUCCAGGUUUUGGGAACAGGAAACCUGAUGAUCUCUGAUGCAACUCUGCAGCAUUCAGGGGUUUAUGUGUGUUCAGCAAACAGACCAGGCAGCAGGUCGAGGAGAACAGCGCUCGGACGACUCGUCGUACAAGCUCCUCCAGAGUUUGUGCAGUGGCCUCAGUCUGUCUCUAGACCAGCAGGGGGCAGCGCUGUCUUCAGCUGUACAGCGUCCGGCGUCCCUGAACCUCACCUCAUCUGGCUGAAGAACGGCAAACUGUUGACACCCAGCGGCAACGUCAAACUCACCAACGGAAACACGACGCUCGCCAUCACCCGGAUCACACCUGAGGACGAGGCUAUCUAUCAGUGCAUCGCUGAAAACAGUGCCGGUACCAACCAGGCCAGCGCUCGUCUCGCCAUCGUCCAGGGGUCCGAGCUGCCCGAGGCCCCCGUCGGCCUCCGGGCCACGGCCCUCAGCUCCAGCAGCCUGCAGCUGACCUGGGAACAGCCGGCAGAGCACGUCAGCCAGCAGAUUAUUGGAUACGUGCUGCACAUCCGACGACUGGGAGAGCCGGACAGUGCAGAGCUGCAGGAGGCCGUCAGUAAAACAACCUUCAGACACGAGUUCAACAACCUGGAAGCGGCCACCACCUACUCCAUCUACCUGAAGGCGUACUCCGCUCUGGGAGGCAGCCAGCAGUCCAGCUCCAUCACCGCCACCACGCUGGGAGGAGUUCCCAGUUCUCCCAGUUUCUUCACUAAAGUUUUGAACCAGACGGCCAUGCAGGUGUACUGGGAGCUGCCCAGUAAGCCGGGAAAGCUGGAGGGCUUUAGACUGGAGUACCGUGGGGUUUCCAACCCAAACGUCCAGGGGCAGGAGACCUUUCCGGAACACAUCAACACCCACACCAUAUCCCACCUGGAACCAGCGGCAGUUUACGAGAUCCAGCUGGUGGCGUUUAACGGGAACGGAGACAGUCCGUCCAACCACCGCCUGGUGUCUCUGGCAGAGGGAGGACACGCUGCAGCAGCUGGUCCGAGGUGUAACUGCGACCAGGCUGACGGCUCGAUGUCAACUCUGCUGGUUGGCGUUCACAGCGGCCUCGCCUGCAUCCUCUGCUGCCUGCUCUUCAUCCUGCUGGGAUACAGGCGCAGGUCAGACCUUCAUCAUCAUCAUCUUCAUCACAACCAUCAUCAUCAUCAUCUUCAUCACCACCAUCAUCUUCAUCCUGCUGGAAUAAACAUGCAGGUCAGACCUUCAUCGUCUUCAUCACCACCAUCAUCAUCAUCCUCACACUGCUCUGUGUUCAGUUUGUUUUGCAGGAAGGCGGCAAGCUGGGAGGCUCCACCCACCAUGAAUGGAGGCAGAGGUGCUAAAGGUUACACACCUGAGAGCAUUGAGCUCAGCCAGAGAUGUGACUCCACUCCUCCUCCGGUGAUGGUCAUGGUUGAACCAUCUCCACCCAUCCAGCCCGGCACAGGCACCGGAUAAAACACCAUAACUACUGCUACCCCCACCCUACCCUCCUCCUGCUCCUCCUGCUCCUCCUGCUCCUCCUCCUGAACUCCAGCCUGGUGGCACCUCCUCUGCUCCUGACAGCCUUACAGCCACUUCAGCCUUUGUGAAUGACUGAGAUUAGAGUUGAACGUAGGUAUGAUUGAGAGAUGGUGGUGAGUCUGAGGAACGUCAGUGGAGCAUCUGAUACCACAGGGGUCAAAAAACACCACAACACCACGCCAACCUUCACAGCCAGUUCAGAUGUCCGUCUGCUACGAGUCCAAUUCAUGAUGAUUUUGUCUUCAGACUGAAACCAAAGCUGAAUUCUUCUGAUUCUAUCUUAAAAACAAAUAUUUGUCAGGAACUGAAAGCCAUCGGUCACAUGACCCUGGCUGGUUCCCGUGUGGUAUCAGAUGCGAUGUCGCCAUCAUGGCGUCCUGGAUGUUUGUGGUUGAAACCAAAUUUGGUGUCAGUUUGAGUUUGUCACCAUCAGUGCCAAGUUUCCUGAGGCGAUGAGGCCUUCUGCCAGUCUGACCAGAGACCGGGUCCUCAGCGGGUCUGCUGUGGGUUUACUUUGCCCACCUGAGCAGGUAGUUCACCUGUGACCUGUUAAUCCUCUGAGGCCCAGAGCCAAAGGUGUGUAUUAUUUCUCUGGUUAGCAGGCAUCUGUAGAGGACAUUAUCUGUCCUCUGCUCUGCUUUAGCCUUUUAGUGUUUGUUUGUCUCACCAAGUUCAGGACAUAGAGGAAGCCAACUGUCAGCUGGUUGUUCUCCUCCCUCCCUCCCUCCCUCCCUCCUUCCCUCCCUCCUUCCCUCCCUCCAUCCACCAAACUCUAUACCUCCAAAGAGAGCUACCUCAGGCUCAACGCCAAACGCCUGAGCCACAGGCGACCGUUAGCAUCCUGCUGCUGGCCAAGCUUUCCUUCCUGAAACCAAAAGGCCCCAGGGCCACUUUGCCAUUUUUUCUACCUUUUUUGUACCGAUGCCAAUGUCCUGUACCCGACUGUCACCAAGAAACUCUGAAUGUUGCUCGCCUGAACCCCCCCCUUCAAUGAUGGAUCUGUCCAUCGUAGUCGUCCUCAAAAAGAAGCUUCCAGAAGGGGAAGGAUCUCAGGUCCUGCUGAGUUUGUGUCUCUGUCUGAGUCCAGAUACCCCCUCGUCCUCUGCAGCAAACCAGCCUGGUCUUAUUUUGUCUGUUUCCAGGACGGAAGAACAAACUAAACCAAAAUAAAUACUCACUGUCACGUUUUAGAUUUCAGAUGACGCUUUGGAAAAGCUAUAGAUAGAUAUUUUCAUGUUUUACAGCAUGAAGAGCUCAGUGUGUCAGUAUGAAUUUAAAUAAGUCAUAAGCCAAAUGAAUAUUUGACCAAAAGCUCAAUUAUAACUGAUAUAUUACCUCAGUCCUUUGUAUUUAGAGCCACAGAGAGUCUGUGUCUUCAGUUCAUGGUUGAAUGUCUUUACAGCUUCUGUCUCUGCUGCUGACAGAGACCCUGAGUCUACCAGACCCUGAGGACCCCGACUUUUCCAGAUGUUUUCUGUCGAUGCCUACAGAGGCAUUUUGAUAUUUUGUCCCUCUGAAUGAAACAGUUCAGACCAGAGACUGGUGGACAUGUGACAUCAGACAGUCCCGAAGACAUUUAUUGUCCUGAUUAAUGAGCAGUGUUCACAGGUGGAAAACUGCAGCAGACUUUUUGCCGUGUCCUCAGCAAGUUCCACCUGUUCUCAUCGAGUCCAGUCAAACAUUCGUCUCGUUGGCUCAUGUUCAAGUCAUGUUUAGUCUCAGCGAAUGAACAGUCACAGCAAGUCUCAUCGAGUCAGGUCCCGGGUUACAUCCUGAGCUCCUGAGUCAUGUUCAGUUCCAGGGUGAUGAGUCUCACUGAGCCACAGUCUGAGUCACGGCUGUCUGCUGUCCUCAGGGUCAAAGGUCAGAGGUCUCUGUCAGGUCGGAGCUCCUUGCUGCCUUCCUCUCUGCUCUUAGAUGAGUGGAGCGUUUCUAAAAAUGUAAAAACCAGAACAAACUGAAAUGUUGUCUGAAAGCUGUUGAUAAUUUUGGCUGUUCUUUUUCUAGAAUUUUCUUCUUUCAGUUCAUUCUUAUUUUUCCGUUGCUGCUUUACGGUGGUGAAGAGGAAAUUCUGCCAAAAUGAAAACCUGUGAAGAAGACCAUUUAAAAGUUUUAUUAUUAUUGCUAAUGAUAUUAUAAUUAUUACCAUUUACCCUGCCCGCCCACCCCUUCCCCCAUCUCCUUCUUCCUUUUUUUAUAUUGUUUAACUUUUUGUUGGUAGUUGAAUGAUGUGAAAAUGUUUCUAGAGUCUGAGAAAAGUUGUGUUUUCAGCUGAAGGUGGAGCGACUGAUUCAAAUCCCGUCUCAGGUCUAACGUAGACGUUUUAUAACAGACAUGAGCCAUAAUGAAUAAUAAGCCAUACAUGUGCUAUCAAGCUGCCUGGAUAGCACUCUCUGCCGAGAGGCCCCGCCUCCUGUGGCCCCGCCUCCUGUGGGCCCGCCUCCUGUGGGCGGAUCAUGACAUGAUGUGAUAUCUAAGCCAUAUUUUAGGUAAAUAUGUGAAACCGGAUUAUUUUCUGUCGUUAGUUUAAACUCAGACUGGUUCCUCCUGCCUCCUGCUGUCAACACGCUGUAGAAACUAAAACUGAGAUGUAGAGACCGUAGUGAACGAAGGCUAGAACCAAUGAGAAAAGUCAUGCUUUAAUGUUUCUGAUUUCUUUUCUCACAAAACAUUUUAUUUUCAAUAAUGUGUCAUAAAAAGUUUCCCAAAGCUUUAAGUAGUUUUUUAAACAGAACAGACCAGACGACAGAGAAACAUCGAGACUUUGAUCCAAAAAAAGAUUUCGCCUUGACACCGCCUGACUCCACAGAGGUCUGAGAGGAAGCUCCGAGCUUCACGCUGCCUCGUUCGGUGUUUUUCACCGUGGAUCUUCGGUGUUUUCAGGAUGAACUUUCCGUUUCUCUCGUUGUGUUUUUAACGUUUCUG